CAAAGCCUCACUUUGGUCCGUACUGUACGAGCUGGAGGUUGAUCCGCUGCCGGACACGACGUGAAAAAGUUGCUGAACGAAACUCUAUAGUUGAAAAGAAUGAGAUUUCCAAUUGUUAGUCAGAUUUAUUAUCGCCAAGGCACGUUGAUUGUAAGCACCAUUGCUUUGGUGUUUGCCUUCAUCUUUGUCAUCCAGCACAUGACUUAUACGCAGACGUCGGGACCUUCAUCGGGAUCCAUUCGGGAUGCGGUUGAUCAAGCCCUCGAGUCCAUCAACAUUCGGCUCAGAGGAAGAGUUUCACCCAUUUCAUCCGAGUACAACUUGCUGGAUCUCGAGGAAACGGAUCCGAGGCUGGCGGAAUUGGCUGCGGAGAAAUGCACAAUAGAGUGGAUGAAUGCGGAUCGAUUGCAGCAGGAUCAUCCGUGUGUCAUUGAAACCAUCCGGCGACGUUAUUUGCAUCCACCGGCCGAUUUAGACGUCCCUUACAAUUUAGUCGCACCCAACAAAGCGGAUACAUCAGUCGGACAAGCGUCCAGCAUAUUGAAUUAUCUCGGCAAUCAAACGAAAGGAUUCUUUAUCGAAUGCGGAGCACUUGACGGUGAACAUUUAAGCAACACGCUCUACAUGGAGCGGACGAUGCAAUGGGGUGGAGUUCUGGUCGAGGCCGAUCAGACGUCGUUCGGCAAAUUGUUGUCCCGCAGACGCAAAUCCUACGCCUUGCCCGUCUGCCUCAGUCUCCAGCCUUACCCGACACAAGUGACUUUCAAAGUCACUUACGCCAUCGGCUCAGUUCAGGAAUCGUUGACUCCGGAGCAAUCCAAAGAGAGCAACAUGCUAACCCUCCAGUGUUUCCCCAUUUAUUCCAUUCUGUUGGCCAUUGGUCAGACUCGAGUUGAUUUCUUCAGUCUGGACGUCGAAGGACACGAAUUGAGGAUCCUAAAAACCAUUCCCUGGCACAAAGUGGAUAUCAAGACGCUGGCAGUGGAAUGGGACCACGUCGGAGAGAAACCGCUGAUCGACUAUAUGGGACCGAAAGGUUAUUACGUUUUUGGUCGGAAUACAGUCAAUGUCGGAAACGACCUUUUCUUCGCCAGAAAUGAUUCACGUCAUCGAUAAAACACAAAAUCAAAAACCCACCGAUUUCGUUUUUCUUAUUUAAAUCUACGGCUGUUGGUCGCAUUUACGGAACUAUUACAACGUGGUUAAACAUUCUUGUGGUGCUCUUGUUGACGGGAAAUAAAUUGUACAAUUAUUCACGCUGCUCGGUAAAACUUGGAA